AUGUUGCCAAUUUCGACAAAAGUUAUAAUAAUAUGUAACCUGCCUUUCGUCUACAGCGUGAACAACAAAGACAUCGAAAAGCUCAAUAAUCGCCAGUACGAUGGAUCUGGCGCAGAUUGCAACAAAGAAAUGUGUCUUACAUGCAUGCCGCCGACAUCUCUUGAAGUUUCAUGGAGCGGAGGUAUGGGACAAGUCUAUGCCUUCACACAUCUAAGUGAGUUUAUUUUUUAA